UCCUGCGCCAUCCCUCAUCUCAGCUCGGGCUGUUUGCUUGCGAGGGUUUAUCACAGGGGAGGGUUUUGGUUACAUUUUGCUCACUUCAUCACUCGAACAUGGCGUCGUUCACGGUGAUUCAGCGUGCACGAAGCACAAUGCUCUCUUCUUGUUUCCUCAAGGUACGCUGUGACUUGCAGCCUUCUUCUUUCAUCUACAGCAACUACUAUAAUCAAAAACUGGGUAAAGCUCUGAGCACUUCUGCGAUGCCAAACGAGUUUGAGAGAACUAAUCCUCAUCAACCUUCAUCCGAUCCUAGAGCUUUUCGAGAUCACAGAGACCCAAACCAGUGGGACCCGCGAUGGCAGAGUGGUCCUCGAGGUGGGAACUCUGAACAAUCGAACCCACUUGCACAAAACCAGGGCUACGUUCAACAAGGAAAUCCCAACUAUCAAGCUAAUCGAGUUCAGAACGUCCCGGGUCGAUAUCCUCCUAAUCAGGGUCAGAUUCCUCAGAAUAGGGAGUAUCCUGAAUCAGGGCGGCGAUAUGCUCCUCAAGGAAACCCUAAUCCGUGGAAUCCUCCGAAUCAGAGCUAUCCCCAAUAUCCAGGUUCUAACCAGAUGAGCCCUCAGAACUCUAGUUUUCAGCCAAGCACUCGACCUAAUCGAUGGAACAAUCAAAAUCAGGGAUACCCCCAAACUGGAAGCCACAACGAGUUUAACAGUCGGAGUCAAGUCUACCCUCAAAGUGGAAAUGCCAGUCAAUCGGUUCCUCAAUUUCAAAGUCCUAAUCAGUUGGGCAAUCAAGUUCCUAAUCAGGGGCAAACCAUUGAAAGCCAACCUUCUGUUUCUCCACCUCCUUCGAUUAUAGAUUUGACCCAAUUGUGCCAAGAGGGGAAGGCUAAGGAAGCUAUUGACGUGUUGGAUAAAGGGGUGAAAGCUGACGCAAACUGUUUUGAUACUCUGUUCGAUUUGUGUGGUAAAUCAAAAUCUCUUGAGGAUGCAAAAAAGGUCCAUGAUUACUUUUUGCAGUCUACAUUUAGGAGUGAUGUUAAAUUGAAUAACAAGGUACUUGAGAUGUAUGGGAAGUGCAAAAGUAUGACUGACGCCCGUAGAGUGUUUGAUCACAUGGCCAAUAAAAAUAUGGAUUCUUGGCACUUGAUGAUUUAUGGGUACGCAAACAAUACUAUGGGAGAUGAGGGCUUGCAAUUGUUUGAGCUGAUGAAAGAGCAGGGCUUGGAACCUUCUUCAGAGACUUUCCUAGCAGUGUUAUCAGCUUGUGCUAGUUCAGAAGCUGUGGAGGAUGGGUACCUACAGUUUGAAUCCAUGAAAAGUAAACAUGGCAUUGAACCAGGGAUGGAGCAUUAUAUGGGACUUCUGGAUGUUCUAGGUCAAUCUGGGUAUCUUAAGGAAGCUGAGGAAUACAUUGAGAAGUUGCCUUUUGAACCCACAGUUGCUGUUUGGGAGAGACUGAAAGAUUAUGCUCGGACACAUGGAGAUAUUGAUCUUGAAGACCAUGCUGAGGAGUUGAUGGUUAGCCUUGACCCAUCAAAGACUGUUGCCAAUAAGAUCCCUACCCCUCCACCAAAGAAGCGAACUGCAAUUAGCAUGCUUGAUGGAAAGAACAGAAUCAUUGAGUAUAAGAAUCCUACACUUUACAAGGACGAUGAGAAGUUAAAAGCCUUGAGUGCAAUGAAAGAAGCAGGAUAUGUUCCUGAUACAAGAUAUGUUCUUCAUGACAUUGAUCAAGAAGCAAAGGAGCAAGCCCUGCUCUACCACAGUGAGCGACUAGCAAUUGCCUAUGGUCUUAUUAGCACACCUCCAAGAACACCUCUUAGAAUUAUAAAGAAUCUUCGUGUAUGUGGUGAUUGUCACAAUGCCAUCAAGAUCAUGUCCAGGAUUGUUGGAAGGGAAUUAAUUGUCAGAGAUAACAAAAGGUUUCAUCAUUUCAAGGAUGGCAAAUGCUCAUGCGGGGAUUACUGGUGAAGGAUUCACAUUCUACUUCCCUCCCCUUUACUCGCUGCUGAAAAAUUAUGUGUGCAAGGGCUUCAAUACUGCCAGGGCUAUGAAAUGAAUUGUGCUCUGAUUUAGAAUGUGCUUACUUUUCCUCUGAUAAUCUAUCUUGUUAUUUUUUCCCAA